UGAAUUCAUUGCACGUCCAGACCCGAGUGCAAUGUGUCCGGACGGCGGCAUCUGCCCCGUGGGUCAGACUUGCGGCGACGUCGGCGACGGCCGCUACGCCUGCUGUCCCUACAGCAAUGCGGUCCCUUGCGGCGACAAGUUGCACUGCUGUCCCCAGGGACACCUGUGCCAUCUGUCCACCGGAACCUGCGUCGGAGAUCUCGGGACCCUGGCCAUGGUUAGGUAUCAACAUGCCACCGAGGCACCCAGCGGAAAUGCAAAUUGUGACGAACCCAGCACAGUAAUGUGCCAUAAUCACCAGUACUGCGAGAGGGGCACUAAAUGCUGCAGAACCAAUGAAAGUUUCGAAUCUUACUACUGCUGCCAAUACCCCAACGGCACUUGUUGCUCAAGCGGUACCUUCUGCUGCGACGCGGGUUACGUUUGCGACUUCAAGUACACCAUCUGCAGGAUCAAGGAUUCUUACACCCCCCACGUUCGGGGCCUCAGCGAGCUCCAGAAGGACCCGACAAUUCUGAAGAGCCUUGGAAUGCCAGCCAAGUCCAACAGGGCAAAGACAAUUAAGUUCGAGAACUGUCCGGACGGAACGAGCUGUCAUUACGGCUCCAGCUGCUGCCAGAAUGAGGACGGCCGCAAUGCCUGCUGCCCUUACGAGCGUGCCCAGUGCUGCGACAAUGAGCGUUGCUGUCCUUGGGGUUUCAAGUGCAACGACGCAGAGAAGACCUGCACCAAGGACGGGACUGUCAAGCCAAUGGCUGCCAAGUACCGAAGCUUCAGAAAUCCCGUGCCUAACAUCGACAGCUCGCCGAGCGUUCCCUGUCCCACCUGGAUGAUUUGUGGCAGCAACAGCUGCUGCGUGAACCAGUACGGAGCGUACAGGUGCAGUUCGUACACCAACGGAACAUGCUGCUCGGACGGAGAGUCCGGUUGUCCUCCUGGAAUGGUCUGCGUUUAGGAUUUUCCGGGCCACCAAAACUAACUAAAGUUUCAAAAUGUUCGGUGUUUUAGU